AUGGGCACUGUGUUGAUACUCGCCGUAGCUGUCUUGACAGCGUGGCUCAUCAAGGUGAAGUUAGCGUCGUCACCAAAGCUCAACAUGCCGUAUCUGAGCUUCGAUGGCGAUAACUCCCCCAUGAGAUACCUGUCAGAUACCACCAGUCUCCUAGACAAAGGCUAUUCCCAAUAUCUCAAAAAAGGAAUUCCCUUCUCAAUGCGCGAUCCGGCUAAUCCGAAACAGCCCCAAGUUCUUCUGCCUAUGAAGUAUCUGGCGGAAGUGCGCAAUGCGCCCCAGAGCCAGCUAAGCUUUCCUCUAUUUUCGACGCAGGCUUUCCUUCUGAAAGCAAUUCAUGGUCCAGAGCAGACUGACGAGGCUGCUCACAUGGCCCGACUAGACCUCAAUCGAGCUCUCAACAAUCUCCUGGAACCCAUGAAUGAAGAAUGCAUUGCCGGAAUGAAGAAGGUAGUCCCUCCUUGUGCAGACUGGACGCCUACCGCCCCUUACCACUUCAUUGUCUACAUGGUGGCCCGUAUCACUGCUCGCGUUCUGGUUGGUGCAGAGCUUAGCGGUAAUGAUGAAUGGGUCGGUCAAUCCGUUGAGACCACCAUGAAUGUCAUGAAUGCAUCCCAGAGUGUGCGUGCCAAGUACCAUCCCUGGACACGCUGGCUCGCACAAUACUUCGAGGAACCUACCAAGUUGGUUAUCAAGAACCGCAAACGUGCCGUUGAGCUUCUUCGUCCCGUUUUAAAUGCUCGCAAGGCUGCUUUGGAUUCGCAGUUCAAGGGCGAGAAGUCCAAGUACAACGACGGUGUGCAAUGGCUUCUUGAGGAGUACCGCGGUCUGGGUAAGGAUUUAACAGCUGAGAAGCUGGCUCAGGAUGAGCUCUUUCUCACCAUCGCUUCCACGCAUAGCUCUAGCGCCACUCUUCUCUCAACCCUCUACGACCUAAUGGAUAGUCCCGAAUCUCUGAACGAUAUCCGAGAGGAAAUUUCUCAAAUGCAGCUACUGAACCCUACUGUCAAUCGACAAGCACUCAACGGGUUGCACGUACUUGAUAGCUUUCUGAAGGAGAGCCAGCGUAUCCAUUCUCUUAGUCUAGUGACUAUGCAGCGAAGUGCCGUCUCCGGAUUCACUUUUCGCGACGGACUUCAUCUCCCUGCCAACACUCGGAUCGCGUUCCCUAACCAGCAUCUGAACUGGGACAACGACGUAAAUGAGAACGCUAAGAAAUUCGACGCAAAGCGCUGGGUGCGUAAGCGCGAGGAGAUUGACCCCAAUAAGUUCCAUUUCGGAUCCGUCUCGGAUGACUCGAUUAACUUCGGCAACGGCUUCCACGCCUGCCCCGGCCGCUUUCUGGCGCAACAGGUUCUGAAGCUUGUCUUCAUUAAUCUCCUCCAGAACUAUGAGUUCAAGUGGCAAGAGGAGGAUGGCAAGCGUCCUCCCAAUUUUACGAAUGAAUUUGCUCUCACUCCCAACCCAACUGUUCCCAUUCUUAUAAGGGAGCGGAAGCACUAA